ACAAUAAGAAGUAGUUCUCAGAGCUUGACAUAUCCACUUAAAUAUUUAUUUAAUAAGCUACUGAUAUAUUUGUUUAAAAUCGCUAUUGAUCAACAUGAAAAAAGAAGUAAUAUUUGAUUUUCUGUUUUAUGAACUGCAGCACUUCUGGACUUCCAUAGAGGGAGGAGGCCAGUUUAACAGGACAUGCGCUGAUUCAGCAACUUUGGACACUCCAUAUGGUUGCUGACUAAAAUAGUCUCCUAACCCUUUACCUGCUCUCUUUCCAGCAGUAGGCAAGGAGGACAAACAUAACAGUUGACCUACACAGUGAUGGGUAUAAAAUAGUUGUAUUUAGUCGAGCAACCUUUUUAAAAAAAACAUUUAAAAAUAGUUUUACUACACUGUGCUUUCUUUUAUUUGAGUGAUAUUAUUAUCUCUCUUCUUAUCCGAGUAUAAUUUUAGGGUGGUCUACUUUUUGUUCUCUUCUCUCCAGGCGUGGCCCGCCUACCUUUUAGACAUAAUUUGGAUCUCAAUUUAUAGCAAGAUAUUUUUUUUCUGAAGAACAGAGACAAAAUUGUAAAAAUGAAGUGUGUGAUGUUAAAAUAUGCGCCGUUUAUCAUUCGUAGAAAACAUUUAUCCUCUUUUACGACUUUAUUUUUGUGAGCUCCAACCGGAAGUGUUUCUCUUUUUUUCCUUUGUCUAACUUGACACGUUACACAGUGGAUGCCCCAGUGUCAGGCACAUGCGCCGGGGUGGCGGUCCGGGAGGCGAGCACCUGAGCUGGAGUGGCCAAUAGCAGCACGCAACUUUCGGCUCUCAGGUGGCGGUUUGUGGAGAAGGACGGAGAAGUGCAGAUCAUAAACGACAUCCAAGCCAUCUUGCAGAGAGUUAUAAAAGUGUUGAUCAGGGCUUGUUUUGAAGCUGACGAACCAGGGAAACUUGACCAAGAUGGCGCUAGCCCGGGACCUAGGGGUCGGCCAGGAGCAGAGGGACGCGGCCGACCAGAACUUUGACUACAUGUUCAAGGUGCUGAUCAUCGGCAACAGCAGCGUGGGAAAGACCUCCUUCCUGUUUCGCUAUGCAGACGACUCCUUCACCUCAGCGUUUGUGAGCACAGUGGGCAUCGACUUUAAAGUCAAGACAAUCUACAGGAACGACAAGAGGGUCAAGCUCCAGAUCUGGGACACGGCGGGGCAGGAGCGCUACAGGACCAUCACUACAGCGUACUACAGGGGAGCCAUGGGAUUCCUGCUCAUGUAUGAUAUCACGAGCCAGGAGUCCUUCUGUGCGGUGCAGGACUGGGCAACCCAGAUCAAGACUUACUCCUGGGACAGCGCUCAGGUCGUGCUAGUGGGCAACAAGAUGGACUUGGAAGACGACAGACAAGUCCCAAAAGCAGAUGCCCAAAGAGUGGCUACAGAGCUUGGUUUUCAGUUCUUCGAAGCCAGUGCCAAAGAUAACAUCAACGUGAAGCAGGUCUUCGACAAGCUGGUGGACCUUAUCUGUGAGAAGAUGAACGAGAGUGUCAACGGUUACACCAGCCAGCCAGUCAAUCAGAAGGGGGACACCUUGAAGGAUAAGCCUGACACGAGUCAGGGAGGCUGUGCUUGCUGAUAGACGAUCGGCGGCAACGGGAGCAGUUCUCUCGACCAGUUUCACUUCAUACACCUAAGCAGAUGAACUCCAUUGGAUUUUUCUCCUCAUCCUUGAGGUGGUUCGAAAGAUCCCUCAUAAUUUCCUCAGACUGUUAUCCAAUAAAGCCAAAGAGCUUCCUCUCUGCCUUUCUUCAUAACAUCCCUGCUUUAACAGUUUCCUGUAGGUGACAGCCCCUGUUGCAGUUGAGGAAGUGAACCAGAUCAGCAUGGAUUUACUUGUGUUGCAUUGCCCUCCUAUGGCCAUUUUGUGUAAAUGCACCACUAAAAAGGCCUAAGUUUGAAGAUUCCUGAAGGUUGAGGCCAAACUCGUAUAUGGAAGUCCUUAUAACAGGUGCGCUUAUUGUGUAAAAAGUAUGUAACUCUUUGCUUUGAAAAGAUGCCAUCACCUGCCUCUAUUUAACUUAUUUUUGUCAUGUGUGUUUAACGAUUGUCACUGUACUGUUUCAUUUGUCGGAUUUCUAGCCUCUUAAAGUUGACAAUAAAAAAAGCUGUAUCUGUGCA